AUGCCCGAACGCCUGCGCGGUGCGACCGACAUCAAGGAGUUGUUCCCAAAGUACCUGGAAGUCUACGCACCAGACGGGGGGUCUGUGCAGCGAGGCCUGGCCUACUACCUCGCCGGCGCGGUGGUCAUGCGGCGGGAGCUGCCCGACCGCCGCAUCGAGUUUCGGGUGCUGGGCCAGCACGAGGACUCGUACCGGGUGAUCUUUGAUUUCGGCCCGAAUUACAAGCGUGCAGAGUGCCUGUGCGCCCGACAAACCUCCGCCUCACGCCACCAGAGGGGUUGGUGCAAGCACAUUAUCGCCUGUCUGGCGACGGUCGUUUGCGACAGCGUGACCGCCCCUGAGUGGGUUCGGCGUAUGCCGGGGGCGAACGAGGUGAUCGCGUUGGUCUCCUUUGACUUUAUCGCGCGCUGCAACAACUACGCGCGCUCCGAGGAGUCGGCAACCCAAGUCAGCGCCCAACAACAACAACAACCUGCGGAAACCGCGCUCGAAGAGCUUAUACCGAGCAGCUGCGCUGCGGUCGUCGGGGAGGCGGCAUCACCUGAGGGCUAUACGAGUGCGGGUCCGCUGGAGCUCUUUCCCAUCAUGAAGCUCUACAGUCCUCGCAUUGGACCGAGCCCUCAGUGCGUGUGGAACAUCGUCAAGGCCUGCGUCAAGAAGGGCGCUGUCGCCAUACUCGACGAAGGGACACAGAGGUGUGGUCUCACCGAGAGCGGCUGCGCGGCGGCGCUCGAGGCCGUGGACUCCGAUAGGCAGAGACGCAGCCGGGAGGCCGUGCCCCUGCCCGUUGUCCCCGCAUCCCUACUAUCGCCGGCCCGGCAGGCCUCCCCUGCGGCGCAAGAGUUGGUGCGUGCCGCCAGCGCGCCCGCUCUCUUCCCUACAUCCUCGGCUCCCCUUCCCUCGUUCGCUACUCCGUCGCCGCUGUCCAGCGCAUCUGCCUCUUCGCCCCAUCGCACCGCAUCGCCGCCAGCAGCGCAGUCGUACCCGGCUUCGCUCUUUGCCGUCUCGGGCACCGGUGGUGCUGCCCAACCAGCGUUGUCAGCUGUGGACAGCAUGGAGACGACCACCGAAAAGCCCGACAGCGACCACAUGGAGACUCGCCCCUUCGUGUCAACGUGCACCACUCCAUCUGCUGGCAACGGCGCCUUUACCUCAACCUCGACCUCUAGCUCAACCGCGGAAGGUCCAAUCCCUGGCACGAGCACCAGCACGAGCAGUAGUGCAGCCCGUGGCUCUGAAGCUUCGCCGUACCGGGAGGCCAGGCGAGCGGCGGUGAGUGCAGAGGAGUUCAAGCGCGAUUGGGAAGUGGUCCUCAUCACCGACAGGUUUGGCUCCGCCCUACUCGCGUUCCGUCUUUUGGCGCUGGUGGGGGUGCUAACGCUCGCUCCGCCGGAGCUUUGCUUUCACAGUGCGGAAGCCGAAGGCAUCACCAAGAGGGUGUGGGAGCACUUCACUGAGAGGCAGGAGUACCUCCGCGAGCGAGGCAUCGCCAUCGAUCGACGCGGUCUCGCGCUCGGGGACUACAUCUGGGUGGCCCGCAAGCGGCAGCACCCCUGUGGCAUGCCCAGCGACCCGCGCGACGAUAUCGUGCUGGACUGGAUCAUGGAGCGCAAGACGAUACGCGAUCUCAGGGCCUCGCUGCAUGACAUGCGGCUCGACGACCAGUACCAACGGCUGAAAUCCAGUAGACUCAACACUGUCUUUCUCCUCGAGCAACCCUUCACUACCAACCCGGAGCUAACUCGGGAGAGCUUUGAUGCGAUCAUCGACUUCUUCCUGAUGGAGAUAGAGAGCCAGCCGCGAGGCCGAGACAACCUUUUCGUCGAGCACGUGCUCUCGCAGGACGAGACGGCGGCCUACGUGUGGCGCAUGACCAAGCGUCUCCGCCGCCACUACGACCAGCACGGCCUCGACGGGACCGAGUACUCGUUUCGUGCCUUCCAGAAGGCCUUCAAGAAGGGCAACUUCCGCCAGUCCGAGCUGGGCACCCUGGCCAGUAUGCUGCUCUGCGUGCCCGGCAUGUCGCACACCGAGGCGAUCGCGAUCGCUCGUGCCAACCCCACGCCCACCGGCCUCGUCGACACCCUCCACCACUUCGAGGAGCAGCAACAGCAACAAGGGCUCGAGGCUGACGUCAUGCUGGCCUUGUUGGAGGAGAGGAAAGCAGAAGAGAAAAGGAUUCUUUAA